AUAAGAUGCCAGGACAGAAGAGAAGAGGAAUAAAUCUUUAGUGCAAUGGUGUUAUGAUCCACAGCCUAGAUGGAAAAUUUUUGUUUUUGGCCAGUUCCACAGUACUUAUUUGGAGAUUGAAGACAGCCUCAUAUUAUUUUGGAAAAAUACUAUCAAUCUGCAGCGGACUGAAAAAGUUUUUUCUUCCUCCCUUCCAGUCUCUGCAUCCAGACUCCUGCGGAAGGGACCAACAGAUUCCCACUCCCUCCUGGCCUACAAGCACUCUGCAUGUUACGCAUACUUCUCAAAUAGGCCUAUGUUGAAUGAUAUCAUACAGGAGCUACACCAAUACAUGACGAUCAUGUGAAUACUGUAAAAAUAUUUGAAGGAUAUAAAAGAAGUGCGCGCUCUCGGCGAAGCGCAGCAUCAGCACCAGCAUCCGAUGCGCGUCCCCGCUCCGGUAGAGGCUGCCCGAGAUCCCGGGAAGAGGAGUUGGACCUGCGCGAGUUAAAGUUGGGCUAAAGGGGGGUGAGAGGAUGCUGCAGGACGAUCUACGAUCUAACUAACAUAGCCUAUGCGGAGAAACGUGUUCUAAGUGAAGGAUGACUUGCAAAAUACUGAGCAUAUGCCUCUUAUUUUUGGGUUUUCAACAUUGCUCAUCACGAGAAUGUGUUGAUCCGCUUGUCUCUGGGCUGUAUGCCUCCUCCUUCCUGGCUUCCUCCAGAUAUAACUUUCUUUAUUCUGCCAAUUUUGCCAAAUUGUAUGGCAGCAGUGGUUGGUCCCCAUCCCCCAGGGACAGACAGCCAUGGCUUCAGGUAGACCUGGGCAGGAAGUAUCGACUGGUGGCCAUCGCCACUCAGGGGACCUUCAACUCAUAUGACUGGGUCUCAAAGUACACCCUGCUCUAUGGAGACCGACCAGACUCCUGGACGCCAUACAUCAUGAAAGGAGGAAACUCUACGAUGCCUGGGAACUGGAAUUAUUAUCAGGUGAAGAGGAAUGUCUUCCAUUACGCCUUUACUGCUAAACACAUUCGUCUGCUGCCUCUGGCAUGGAACACAGAGAAUGGAGGGAAGAUUGGUGUGAGGCUGGAGCUGUUUGGCUGCUCUUAUGAUUCCUAUGUGCUACAGUACGACGGGGAUGACUCGGUAGUCUACAUGUACCCUGGGAAGAGGUCCCGUACACUACAUGACCAUAUUGCCAUCAACUUCAAGACUCUAUACGAGGAUGGUCUGCUGUUACACAGUGAGGGGAUUCAAGGAGAUCUCCUCACCCUGGAGCUCAAGAGAGGUCGUCUUUACCUGCACAUCAGCCUAGGAAGCAGUAUAAUACACAAAGUCGAUGGUCGAAUUACACUGACUGCUGGCAGCCUUCUUGAUAAUCUACACUGGCACUAUGUCACCAUCAAGCGCUAUGGUCGACAGGUGAACUUUACAGUGGACAGUCAGACAGUUACAGGCAUCUGUAAUGGAGAGUUUACACACCUGGAUCUGGAUACGCAGUUAUAUGUAGGAGGUGUCAUAGAGCAAAAUGUACCUCACCUGCCCACCACACAAAAUUUCCAAGGCUGCCUGGAAAACGUCUUCAUCAAUGGCAUCAACAUUAUUGACAAGGCACAGAGAGAAGAACCUGACAUCCGCAUCCCGCGAAAGGAUCCCAGUAUUCCAAAAAAGAUGCAUUUUGCCUGCAGGGACAAUCUGCUCAAACCGAUGACUUUUGCUGGGCCCAACAACUACCUGCAGGUACCAGGCUUCUUCAGGAGGCCUCGUAUGUUCGUUAAGUUUAAGUUCCGCUCAUGGGACUACACAGGGCUGCUAAUGUUCACGCGAUUUGCUGAUGACCUGGGUGCUCUGGAGCUGGGCCUAAGUGAGGGCCAGAUCAACGUCACUAUAUUCCAGCCUGGCAAGAAGAAACUCCAGUUUGCUGCAGGAUACAGGCUAAAUGAUGGUUACUGGCAUACAGUGGAUUUGGCAGCCAGGGACAACCUGUUGACCCUUACAAUUGAUGAGGAGAAGGCCUCUCCGCUAAAGAUCACCAACCCUUUUACAAUUCGGACAGGAGAUCGCUACUUUUUUGGAGGUUGUCCAAAAACCAAUAACACAAUAAGGAAGUGUGAAACCAAGCUGAACCGCUUCCAUGGUUGCAUGCAGCAUAUUUUCAUAGACGAUGAACAGCUGGAUAUUGAUAUUAUUCUGCAACGACAGUGGGGGCGUUAUGCUGAGCUGUUGUUGGGCACAUGUGGCAUCGCUGACAGAUGUACUCCAAAUCCAUGUGAACAUGAAGGCAGAUGCAUCCAGUCCUUGGAUGACUUUAUCUGUCUGUGUGAGAACACAGGCUAUAAAGGAGAAGUGUGUCACAUGUCUGUUUAUAAAGAGUCGUGCGAGGCCUACAGACUCAGUGGCAAGUACUGGUCUGGAAACUAUACCAUUGAUCCGGAUCUAAGUGGACCACUGAAACCAUUUGAAGUGUACUGCAAAAUGAAGUCAUAUAAAGCUUGGACAGUGAUUUUGCAUGAUCGAGUGGAUGGUACCAAGGUGACUGGGAGUUCAAUAGACCAGCCAUAUAUAGGAGAUGUCAACUACUGGAAUGCCUCCUGGGAUAGCGUCACUGCUCUAGCCAACACUUCCAUGUACUGUGAACAGUGGAUCGACUACUCCUGCUACAAGUCCCGUCUCCUCAACACCCCCAAUGGAAGGCCUUUUGGUUACUGGAUUGGUCGUGACAAUGUGAGUCACUAUUACUGGGGUGGAACAUUCAGAGAGGUCCAGAUGUGUGGCUGCGCUAUCAACCAAACCUGCACCGAUCCCAAGUUUCAAUGCAACUGUGAUGCUGACUAUAGACAAUGGUACUCAGAUAAGGGCUACUUGGACUUUAGAGACCAUCUGCCUGUGAGGAAGGUGGUAGUCGGGGACACCAACAGGACAGGCUCAGAAGCCCACUUCACUGUCGGGCCACUCCGCUGCCAUGGCGACAGAAACAUCUGGAACACUAUAGCCUUUACCAAGCCCACAUAUAUAACCUUCCCCACCUUCAAGCCUGGAUCUACAGCUGACAUCUCCUUCCACUUCAAAACCUAUCGUGACCAUGGUGUCUUCUUGGAGAACUCUGAUGAACAGCUUCGAAAUUUCAUAAGGAUAGAGCUGAAUACCACCCAUGACCUGCUGUUUAUAUUUAUGGUUGGUGAUGGCAUCAUUAAUGUGACACUACACUCCCCUGUGCCACUAAAUGAUAAUGAGUGGCACUUUGUUCAGGCCGAGAUUAAUGUGAAACUGGCCCGGAUCAAAGUUGAUUAUCAGCCUUGGGCUGUUAGGCGUUUCCCAGGUCAGACCUUUGUCACCAUGAAGUUUACACAUCCUCUCCUAGUAGGUUCAGCCAACCGCACCCUAAGACCUUUCUUGGGGUGUCUUCGAGGCUUACGGAUGAACGGGGUUCCUCUCGAUCUAGAGGGGAAAGUAAAUGAAGAACAGGGUAUAAGAAGGAACUGUACAGGACAGUGUCUCAAUGCUACCAUACCAUGCCGAAACAGUGGCCAGUGUAUUGAGGGCUAUGCUUCCUACACUUGUGACUGUAACAACACAGCGUUUGAUGGCUUUUACUGCCAUAAAGACAUCGGAGCCUACUUUGAGAUUGGCUCGUGGCUGAGAUACAACAUACGAAAAAAGCCUGUAUCAGAUGAAGCAGCAUGGGCCAACUGGAUCGAUCCGCACUAUGACAACUUCAGCCUCGGCUACAAUGACACAGCAGAUGACAUAGAGUUCAGUUUUAGCACCGUUCAUAAACCAGCUGUGUUGCUCUACAUUAGCUCCUUUGUCCAAGACUACAUUGCUAUCAUCCUCAAGGCUGACGGUAGUGUAGAUCUGAGGUAUAAGCUGGGGCUCAUAACACACAAGUACCAGCUGACUCACCGAAACCUGGCAGAUGGUUACCCCCACUAUGUCAACAUAACCAGACACAACAGAACCAUCAAAACACAGGUGGAUUACAUGGAACCCAUAGUGGAAAAGAUAACCUUGGUGGAAGAUGCCAGAUUUGAUUCUCCAAAGUCCAUGUUCCUGGGCAGAGUGAUGGAGGUUGGUGACAUUGACUAUGACAUCCAGAGGCAUAAUGCCCCAGGCUUCAUAGGCUGCAUAUCUGGGGUGAGAUACAACGUUUACGCCCCUUUAAAAGCCUUCUUCCGUCCGAAUGAAACAGACCCUCCGGUAACGACACAAGGCUACGUUUCUGAGUCCAACUGUGGUGCUUUCCCUCCUGUCCUGGGUUAUGUACCAUGGGAGGCAGACCCGUGGUUUACCAGCAUAGAGUAUUUUUAUAUCCAUGAUGACCUUGGUCUAUUUUGGAUAACAGUUAUUGUUAUCCUGGCAUUGCUGCUGCUCUUCGGAGGCCUGUACAGCAUCUAUGUCUAUGCGUAUCAGCAGAAGGGCAGCUACCGCACGAAUGAACCCAAGAACCUGGAGUCCCCCAGCAGCUCCAGGCCACUGACCGAGACCCUGAGGAGAGAAAAAAAGAACCUCCCAUUAAUUGAAGAGGAGUUCAGGAGCAAUUAGCAUCACAGGACCUU